AUGUGUCAAAUGGACACCAAGUGCCACAGUCCGAUGUUAGUCCUGGCCAUAUUUGUGCUGGGGAUUGGUGGGACGUUUCAGUAUGGCUUUCAGAUAUCAGUUCUCAACUCUCCAUCUCCUUACAUCAAGAAGUUCUUGAAUGAGACUUGGCUGAUGCGCUACGGCACUGCCCUGGAGGACUGGAAGAUCAAUUUAAUCUGGUCCUUCAUCAUUUCUUUGUAUGCUGUGGGAGGGUUCAUUGGAGCUCUGAACGCAGGACAUCUCGCUGUGAAGUACGGCAGGAAGCGGUGCCUUCUGUCAAACAAUUUUGUUGCCAUAGCUGGUGGCGUGAUGAUGGGGCUCAGCAGAAGGGCUCACUCUUUCGAGAUGAUUAUGGUGGGGAGAUUCCUAUACGGAAUUAAUGCAGGCAUCAGUCUGAAUGUUCAAACCAUGUAUCUGGGGGAGUGCGCCCCCAAGAGACUGCGUGGGCUUGUCUCCAUGACUGUCUUUCCCUUCCUAUCCAUUGGCAAACUGUCUGGCCAGUUGCUUGGGCUCAAUGAAAUUCUAGGUUCUGAAGACCUGUGGCCUGUCCUGUUGGCCUUCAGUGUGAUCCCAGCCCUGAUUCAGUUAGUCAGUCUGCCUUUCUUUCCAGAGACUCCCCGUUACCUCCUCAUAGACAAGGGAGAUCAGGCACAGUGUGAGAAAGCGUUACAGCUGCUGUGGGGAAAGGGGGAUUACAGAUCUGAGAUUAAUGACAUGGUGCUGGAACACGCAGCAAUCAAAGGAGAAAAGUCCAAGAGUGUCUUGGAGCUGUUCCUGGACAGGUCGCUGAGAUGGCAGCUGCUGACAAUCUUUGUCACCUUCACCACCCUGCAGCUCUGUGGCAUAAAUGCAAUCUAUCUCUACUCGUUUGAUGUGUUCUGUGCAGCCGGGAUUCCCAUACACCAGGUCCGCUACGUGGCUCUGGGAACCGGGCUUUGUGAAAUUUUCACCUCGUUGCUUUGUGGGCUGCUGAUAGAAAGUACAGGAAGAAGAGUUCUUUUAUUACGGGGGUACUGGUGCAUGGCUUUGGUGUUAGGACUGCUGACAGUUACCAUUUUUCUUCAGGACCAAAUCAUUUGGAUGUCUUAUUGCAGCAUGGCCCUUAUAUUUGUUUUCAUCUUCUUUUUUGGAAGCGGGCCAGGUGGAGUAACAGCCCCACUGCCCGUGGAGAUAUUUAACCAGUCCUCCAGGCCCGCUGCCUUUGUCAUUGGGGGAUCCUUGAACUGGAUGGGGCUUUUCAUCAUAGGAAUGAUAGUUCCCAUUUUAGUGGAUAAUUUGGACUACUUAUGUUUUAUCAUAUUCCUGGGCUUUUGCUUCUUUUCUGGAGUCUAUGUGUGGUUUUAUUUUCCUGAAACGAAAGGAAAGACAGUGCUGGAGAUAACGGACGACUUUCAGAAAAUGCACUCGAAAACGAAGACUGAAGCAGCAGAGACAGUGGAGAAUCACAAAGAGCUGCAGUCUGUCACAUCAACCAAGCUCUGA